AUGCUGCUCGACCCUAGCAGCUGGUCGCUCCCCGACCACAAUGGGUCGCUCCACCACCUCAACGGAUCGCUCCGCCUCCACAAGCGGCCUUUCUGUUACGGAAAGAAGCAGGCCGGGCUCCCGUCGGUGAAAAUGGGAAGGGGGAAGUUCAAGGGCAAGCCCACCGGCCGCCGCAAUUUCUCUACCCCAGAAGAGAUGCUGGCUGGUACCUCUUCUCGUCCUCGCACCUUCAAAAAGGAAGAAGCUGAGGUGGCAGAGGAUGAGGUUUCUGAUGUAGAGUCUGAUGAGGAAGUUCAGGAUGAAUCUGAAAAAGUGAAAGGUACCCAAGGUGUCAUUGAAAUUGAAAAUCCCAAUCUGGCGAAGGCAAAGAACUUGAAAGCACGUGAUGUUGAUCUUGAGAAAACAACUGAGCUUUCACGACGUGAAAGAGAGGAGAUUGAAAAGCAGAGAGCCCAUGAGAGGUAUAUGAAGCUGCAAGAGCAAGGCAAGACCGAACAAGCAAGGAAGGAUUUAGAACGUUUGGCCCUUAUACGACAACAAAGAGCCGAAGCUGCUAAGAAACGAGAGGAAGAGAAAGCUGCCAAAGAGCAAAAGAAGGUUGAAGCUCGCAAAUGA